UUCAACUGAGUGCAGUGAAUUCGGGAAAGUGUGAUGCUUUCAGGUGGCGAUUGUUGUGCGCAAGACGCGGAGAGCAAUGCCGUAUUCUGGCUUUUUUUUGAUCGCGCGACCGACUGUUUGUACCUAUUUCCCACGUCAGUGGUGAAAUCCACGGAAUGUUCCAUUAACAGGAACAGCUGAUGAUCAUGCCGCCGCACGGAAUAUGGGAGAGAUCUGAAGGAUUACAAGGAGAAAUGUCAGCGACUGAGAUGCUCGCAAAUUAACUAUCAGUUACGACAAUCUGAGGCUUUUAGACACAAGUGCCUCUUGCACUACUGGUCCCCAACCCCAAGUGUGUCUCAUUUGUACGACAUCACAAAUGCGACCAUGGGAAGUAGCAGUGAGUAGGCGGCCAUCAACAGCCCUAUUAAACCAGAGGAGGGUCAUCGGGGAGCCUUGCAUCACCCCUCUGCACCUCAGGAGAAGUCCUCCAGUACGACGUCAGUGGGGGCAACAAGAUAGACCUGCUGUGCACAGUUCCCUGCAUCAGGAUGAGAACUUCCACCACAUGGUCUUCACCCAGCAUCAGCAGAUUCCCUUAGAUGAGUCCAGGCAAUAUAGCCAUUCCAGUGCACCUCCACGCAUGCUGCAUACUGCCACACAACCUCCCCAACAGAGCUCCAUCAUGGUGGAUCUUCAUGAACAGAUGCAUCAAGGAUCAGUUCCAAUAUCCUAUACAGUUACUACGGUGACAACCCACGGCUUUCCCAUCCACACCGGGCAACCUAUUCCAGCCUGCAAUGCUCAGCAGCUCCCAGCAUGCUCGGUAAUGUUCAGCGGACAGCUCUCUCUGCUCUGCUGCCUUCCUCCUCCACUCAUUCAAGCUUGCACCAUGCAGCAUCUGCCGGUGCCCUAUCAGGCAUUUCCACCGUUGAUUUCCAGUGAGCAUUUUAUCCUGCAUCCCAGUCCUCCAGUGCCACCCCACCAGCCUCCUCAUCUGCCUCAACUCAAUCAGUUUGUCCCUUUACAGCCCCAACACCCACGCAUGCCUCUGCAGAGGGUGGAGAAUGAAGUGGAUCUGCGAGGAGACCAGCAUCCAUUAGGAACGUUCUCUUAUCCUCCAGCCCACCAUCCACCAGCAAUGACCCCAUCCGUCCCCCUCCAGUACCUCCCCCAAGAGCCCCUCCAUCAAGAGCUACCCUUCGGAGUGCCAUAUCCACACAUGCUGCCGAGGCGUAUGACUGGACAGAGGUACAGGUUACAGCAGCCUCUGCCUCCCCCACCCCCUCCACCACCCUACUACCCUGGAUUCCUACCUUACUUCCUCUCAAUGCUUCCUGUGCCUCCGACUGCUGUGGGUCCUGCUAUCAGUCUGGACUUGGAUGUAGAUGAUGUAGAGAUGGAGAACUAUGAGGCGUUAUUAAAUCUUGCUGAGAGACUUGGUGAAGCGAAACCUCGAGGACUAACGAAAGCUGAUAUAGAGCAGCUUCCAUCCUACAGGUUCAAUUUAGAAAACCACCAAUCUGAACAAACUCUGUGUGUUGUGUGCUUUAGUGAUUUUGAGUCAAGGCAGCUUCUUCGAGUAUUACCCUGUAACCACGAAUUUCAUGCCAAGUGUGUGGACAAGUGGUUAAAGACCAAUCGCACCUGUCCAAUCUGUCGAGCCGACGCAUCUGAAGUUCACCGUGAUGUGGAAUGAGUUCAGGCUUUUGUCCUUCACUGGAAAGCAGCACAAAUCCUUGAGUGUGUUCUGUGAGUGGGGAUGGACACCGGUUCUCCAGCCAAGCGCAAAUCUACCCACCUCACCCCGCUCCCAAACCCCGCCUCUACAAUAAGCAAUCUUGGAAUUUAUAUGGAAUUGUGUGAGUUUCACAAAAGCUACUGCCUCAUAUAGCCACUUCUGAGUUCUGGAAUUGUGAUCCUUUUUUUUUAUAUAUAUAUAUAUAUAUAUAUACGUUUUUUUUCCAUGCCCCUUGUUUUUCACAGAUUUAAAAAAUAACCUGUAAUACGUGUUGUGUUGGCAUAUUUGUUUACACAAUGGAAUAUUCUCUUGUUGUUUGAUCAUGAAGAAUGAAAAAUCGUGCUUUAGUGUCGUAAGGGACUGCGGGGGUGUGCCUGGAUUAUGGUUGUUUUUUGGCUUUACCGUGCAUUCAGAUGAAUUUGUAGGAAGCCUAAAGAAUGACAAGCGCCAGUCUGCUUUUGAAUUGCCAUCAUAGAUGCAUGUGUGUAUGUGAUGGGCGCGAGGGACUUGUUAAUAGUCUAUGUUUUGCAAUAAUGUAUUGAUCAUUUGAAUAUCUUAAUCCUGAUUAUCUUUUAUCUGCGAAUGCUAUUGUGAAGGUGUGACUUUCAGUGGUUUAAAGUUCAAAGGCCUGAGGAUAAAGACAAAAAUGAGGAAAAAUACACAUAAGGACUGCUGAUGAUGGAUGCUAUUCCAUCUGAAAACUCCACCUGGAAUUUCAUCACAGUAAUAGAGACAUUAAAGAAGUGAGCUCUGUGAUGAGCCAUUGCUGUGGAGUUUUUGCUUUUGCUAUUGGACUGGCCCAUGAAAACAGGGACAAGGACAGCACACUGCCUCUGCCAGCUCCCACCUGACUGUACUGCACAACCCCCAUCUGUUCUGGACUGGCCCUCUUCAGCCCGAUCCAACACUCAGCUGUCGUCUUCUGGGUGACGGCAACAUGCAGGAAAGCAUUUUACAGGCCAUACAUGGACUGUUCUUUUAGACUAGCAAUAUUUUAAUAAACAAGAUCCACCGCAUUUCAACCGAAGAACAAAAGAGGAACAUCAAGCUAAACCAGAGAGCUUUGGGAAUUGAAUGGCCUUUAUCUUACAAUUUGCUCACAUUUACAGUGGAAGCCAGGAGAUAUUGCUUGCCUGUCCAGAAAGACUUUGGGAGAGGGUGGAACACUCGCAGAAAGCAAUAUGUGCAAUGAGUGUCCGAAGUGAAACAUUUUUGCCUGGUUUCUGGAGCACUAUGCUUUUUCUUUUUUUCCUCAUUCAUGAGCCAAUUAAUCAAUAUAUAUAUAUACACACUCUACAAGAUCUUAGCUCUGCCUUCUCAAGACCUUGACAAGCACAAACCUGUUACUAAUCUUUAAAUCUUCAGUUCCUCUUUUAAAAGUAUGUUUUUAUUUUAAGUGGUGUUAUUUAUUGAUUUUAUCUUCUGAGAGUUUUUGAAGGAUUCAGUCUGAAUACUAAUGCAUCUUCUAAUGCGUUUUAUUUUGCUUCCCGUUGUCAGGUCUCAGGCCAUGUGCACAGUGUAAAGUGAUGUGAAAGAAAAAAAAAAACAUUGUAUGCAUAGCCUUGGUGGAAAGGUUGAAAUUAUAGUCUUGUUUUUAAGACAAAAAGAAUGUUGACGCACUCUGUAUUUCUAGUUAAAUAGAUAGUUUACCCAAAAAAGCAAAAAUGCUGCCAUCAUUUGUGUUGUUCCAAACCCAUAUGACUUUCUAUUUUUAGUACAUAAAAGGCAGAAUUAUUUCUACAUGCGGUUUACGCACAGCGUGCAAUGAAAGUGUUGUCAUUAGCACCAUGCACGGACUGUCAUUUCUUUUUUGUCUCUCUUUUUCUUAGACUGCCCCAGCUUCUAUGUCUUUGCGCAUCAUUGGCACAUGCGCCUGCUGUUGACUCUGCUAGUAGAGGAUCACAGAAUAGUCGAAGCAUGCAUGCUUUCAAUUUGUCCAAAUAGGCUUGUGGUCAAAAGAGUGUACUUUGAAAGGCUGAGCGCCCAAACGUGUGCAUUACAGAAUGGUACUCUUGAGACUUAAGGCUAGGGUAUACUUUGUUUUUCAGUCACCAUUCACUUUUUUUUUUUUUCUCCUCAUUUCACUGUAAAAAAGAUAUAAUAAAGUGAAUGGCGUCUGAAGCUAACAUUCUAAAAUUAAACUUUUCCACUGAAGAAAGUCAUACAGGUAUGGGGCAACAUGAGUCACUGAUGCAAGAAUUUUCAUUUUUGGGUGAAAUAUCCCUUUAAGCCCUCUCCUGUGUGCCAGUUGACUGUAGUCGUUCCACGAAUAUCCCAAACAGGAUUUGGAAUGGCAGAGACGGAGCGUUUGGGUUGUUUAAAUAGAGAAAAAAGCACUGUAAAACACUCAACUCAUAGUUCACUCGAUUCCAAAAACAAACCUGAACAAUUUGUUCGGGGGAAAACUAUUUUGGGUAUACUUUUUUUCCCUAAGUACUUUAAUUAUAGGACUUUUAAAUAUAAAAUAUAUAUAUAUUCCUGAGUCGUUUGUCCACUGAAAAGUCUUUGUAACUUAAUACACACUGGCUUUCUCGGGUAAAGGGACUCAUUUAAUGAGAAUGUUAGGAUCUUGCUUUUGCGUGCCAGGUUUAAAAAAAGCCAUUGUAAUGAAUUAAAUCCACACUUUUGAUAAGUAAUCUAUGUAUACAUAUCUGUUCACUGGCAUAUAUUUUAAGUAUAUAGAAAAAAGAAUAAUCUCUCAGGGCCUCUUGGUAAUUAAAAAUAAAUAAAGGAAAACAGUCCAUUUCAAAUGGGUUUGAUGCCAUGGAGAUAUAUUUGGGUAUUAUGGGUUGUUUUCCUCAGGCCAUGCAUAUUUUAAAUGUAAUCAACUGAACUAAUAUUCAUUUUUUAAAAUGGUAGUAAAUAUUAUUCCAUUAAAGAUGGCAUGCAAUGAAAAAAAAAAAUGAAGUUACUUGUUGUAUUGAGUGAUAAUGGGCUUUGUCACUGCAGCCAAUCAUUAAGUGUAUGUUACUCAAACCUGUUUUCCAGCCGUUCAGUUUCUGUGUUUUUGGACCACACAAACCGGUUGUAAUCCCAUUUGCAAACGUGUCUAGCACACUGUCCUACCAAGACCACUUCCAAAUUCUUAGUGUUUGCAUGAUUUAAGGGUUAAAAUCAAAGCAAUUAAAAAAAUGACAAAUUAAAUCUGUAUUUCAGUGAACGAUAUCUAGUCAGGGGUGGGCAAGUAUUUAAUUGUGCACCAUAUGCAUGCAUGUCUAACCAGGUCCUGACUGGUUUUUAGGUAAAUCUAUUUGGCUAUGGGUUCUGGGUCUAGGGGACUUUUGCUCAGCUGAUAACUGCCAUGCACUCUACUGCACAUAUUUGUAAUAGAACCAAAUGACUAAAAGAUUUGAUUGUGCUUGUACUUGCAAAAGAACAAAAACAAUAUAUAUAUAGGACAUUAGACAUUAACAGAGUUGCGCUUGAUGCCUGUAGUAAGUGAGCAGAUUUUGAGAUGGGAAAUGUGAUUGGCUCCUCACCACAUAUGUGCUUCUAUAUCAUUGCCUCAGUGACACCCUUGACUGGAAUCUAGAUAAUGGAAAGCCAUAUAGUAAAAAGGUGCUAGAUAUUCUAUAUUUAGGUGUAAUGCUACAUUCACAUAAGAGAAUGCUAUAGUUUGUUAUGGGUCUCUGUUCAUACAGCAUGCAGUGCUAGUACCCAAACUACAGUCAACAGCAGUUAAUUACAUUAUCAACAGGGGUUUCCAUAAAAAAAGAAAAAACGACUUAGCUUUACUUGUAUGUGCUGGUAGACGGUGACCGUUUCAAAAAUGUGUCUUGUAAAAGAUUAAUUUGCUGCCCAAGCGAUCUGAUUUGUUACAUCUGCCUUAAACUGAAAUUGGAGGUGUUGUGUGGGGGUAAAAUAAACGGCACUAUCACAGCGCUAUCACUCACCAAAAUGGUUGAAAAAUAUAUGUACCUGUUGUGUAUGGUUCUCUACCUUGAGCAUCAGUAAUUGUUAUGUUUAAGAAUAAGUUGUUGAUAUACACGCAAGCACUUUUGCUUGGGUUAACCGGCUGUGGACUCUUUCUAAUAUAUCCUUGUUUAGAUUUAUAAAGGAAUUUUUCACAGUAACCAAGAUUCCUUGAAAACCUCAGUGUUACCUGUACUAAAUUACUAAAAAGAAAAAAACAACUAUAAGUUAUGAUAAAUAGAAUCUUGUAGUCUUUCUGUGAUUCAAAUAAUAAAUAAUCUCACAGCUUGUGUGGUGGAAAAUUGUGUUCCAAUAAGCAGCUAAAUUCUUUAGAUUGUGAUUUGUUGAUUGCUCCUUAGACGCCACUGAUUGUUUACCAAUGAUUUCAUGCUGUGUGGUGGGAUAGUGGAUUGUUUACUGUUCUAUUCUCCUCCUGGCCUCUAGGGGUCAGUCAUUGCCUGAACUCCAGACUACCCAGCCAACACAAGGGCAGGGGCAUGUGUUCUGUGUUAGGAUGAUAUUUUGCUUUGGUACUUGCACAUUUACAGUUACCUCAUUUUUGCCAUGUUUGUAUUUGGAGGAAAACAACAAUAAAAAAAAAAAAAGCAUAUAUUAGGAAAUGGUUCUUUAAUGCUAUAAUUUUUUUUUCUUCAUUCCAUUGGAAUCAUUGUUUGUAGCAUUUAACAUAGAACUAGUUAUAGUGUAUUAUAAAAACAUCUGUAUACUGAUUGAAAUUUUUAAGAUUUGUACUUUUUUUAAUGAAAGUUGCUAGUUCUGCUUUACCGAGUAGUGCAAUCAAUUUGUUUUUAUUAUUAUUAUUGUGGCUGAUUGGAGAGGGUUGUUCACUAAUAAAUGUGUGAUGUAUACUCCUACUACACUGACUUAAGUAAUUACUGCUUUAAACGCAUUGCACAGUAUAGAUGUGUUGCAGGUCAGUCAACUUGUUUAUGUGCCACGCAAACCUCAAAGCAGCGUGAAAUCACGGAAGAACAUGCUUCCUUUGCCUUUCCUAUGGUAAAAGAAACCUAUUAGGACUUUUAAGUUGUUCGUUUUUAAUUCUCAUGCUUAAAUGCUGUAGAGCGAUAUCUAGUUCAUGACAUAUUUAAGAGCAUGGAAAAAUUCAAAUUCAACUUCAACAAAUUUCUCAUCAGAAAAUUAAAUGUUUCCUUUUGGCAUGCAUAAUAAUUAUAAAAGAAUUAGCCAAAUGCUAUUGAUAUACUUUAAGUAUAGCAUGUCACACUGUAAGACAUGUCAGCUAUCCAUAAAAGGCAGUGCAGAAAAUACUGCCCUGAUGCAUAAAUAAUUUACAUACAGUAAUGUGAAAAAUUAUAUUAUAAUUAGAGGGGGAAAAUGUGACCAGUCUUGUCCUAAAAUGUUUUUAUGUAUUUAAUUUUUAUGUGAAAUAGGAAUUAGACAUGUUCUGGUCAGGCUUUGUGAGAGUCCCCUAUAAUAAAAGUCUUACAGAGUAACUGCCUCUCC